UCUUCUUUUUUUCUCUAUUUCUCAUAUAUUCUUCCUAGCUCCCUGCCAAAAUUAAGUUGAAAACAAAAACUUCAUUGAUCGACUCUUAUCCUUUUGCUUUUGUCUUCCUCACUUUCUCAGUUACUUCUUCCUUUUUGUUUUUCAUUUUUUCCCCUCCCCAUCCUUUAAAUUUUAACAACUGAAGCUUCAUUAAAAGGAAGGAAGGAAGGAAAGCACUGUGCCGUUGCCCCCUUUCUUUUUUUUUUUCUUGUUUCUUUUCCCUUCUUCUCCUAACAUAUACAUAUACUGGUAUGCAUAAUUAUAACCAGCAUGCAUAACACGACUUCCGAUACCAUGAUGAAACAAGAAGCACAGACGCUGCACCGCCACCACCCCCGCCGCUUUCGUACGAGGUUCGCUACCGCCGCUUCUAUUGCUAAACCCACGGCCUAUCUUAUUCUUCUCCUCUUAUGUUACACCUUAGGCUAUCUGUCUGCAGUGCCGGCCUCCUCAAGAAACAGUACUAGUCCUACUACUCUUGAGAGUCCCACAAACCUCCUCAUCUCCACCCCCACUUCCAUCAUCCGGCCCCCUCCUCCACUAGCUCCAGAAGACCACCACAACUUCUUCGGCUCCGUUUGUGCCGCCGAGCCAGUUCCUCCGCAACUCGUCCGCCAAACCAUCAUAGACCGAGUUUUCAACGGCACCUCCCCCUGGGACAACUUCCCUCCCCAGCAUGUCUCCCACCUCCUGCACCCCACCAAACUCAGAGGCUGGGGCUCCACCGCUCCCGUCUUCGACCACCUCAUCCGGAAAGUCCAACCCAAGACCAUCAUCGAGGUGGGCACGUUUCUCGGGGCGUCAGCGCUUCACAUGGCCCACUUGACAAAACAAGCCGGCCUUCAUGAGGGUACUCAGAUCAUCUGCGUCGACGACUUCCGGGGUUGGCCCGGGUUUCAGCAGGAGAACCGCCACCGCCGAUGGUUCAAGGACUUCAAGAUGCUCAACGGGGACGUGACGCUUCUGUAUCAGUUCAUGCAGAACGUUGUCCGCGCCAACGCCACCCAUUUGGUGAGCUUCCUGCCCUUCUCCACCGGCUCCGCGCUGGAGAAGCUGUGUGAGUGGGGGAUAUUCGGGGACUUGAUUGAAGUGGAUGCCGGUCACGAUUUUCACUCGGCGUGGUCCGAUAUAAAUCGGGCCUACAAGAUUUUAAGCCCUGGCGGUGGUGGGGUCCUCUUUGGACAUGACUACAUGACCGCCGCCGACAAUAGGGGUGUGCGAAGAGCCGUGAAUUUGUUCGCCCGGCUUCACAAUCUCCGGGUCCAAGUCCAUGGCCAACACUGGGUCCUCCUCCACCCCAGCAAACAACAACAACCACGUUAACAAGGCAUUAACCAACCCUUAUACUACUAACCUUUGCUGCUUUGCUUUUUUUUUUUCCUUUUUCUAUUUUCUUUUCCCUGCUGCAAUCUUUUCCUGAUCCUUUAUUUCCUUCCUUCUUGUGCCCAUUCUGUAUUUCAACGCACGCACCUUGUAGUAUUUUUUUUUUUUUUUUGAAGAAUUGG